AUGGACCCCUUCGCCGAGCCCCGGUGGCCUCCGGGCCUAGCAGUCAUGAAGACAAUAGAUGAUUUGCUGCGGUGUGGAAUUUGCUUUGAAUAUUUCAACAUUGCAAUGAUGAUUCCUCAGUGUUCGCAUAACUAUUGUUCUCUCUGUAUAAGAAAAUUUCUAUCCUAUAAAACUCAGUGUCCUACUUGCUGUGUGACAGUCACAGAGCCGGACCUGAAAAAUAACCGUGUAUUAGAUGAACUGGUAAAAAGUUUGAACAUUGCACGGAACCAUCUAUCGCAGUUUGCCUUAGAAUCACCACCCACCUCUCCUGCUUCCUCUUCGGCAAAGAACUUUGCUUUUAAAGCACAUGCUUCAGUAGCCUCUAGACAUUCUCUAAAGCUGGAGAGGAAGUUAAUGGACAAUUUCUUGACCCAAGAAAUUGGUGGUUCUACAUCAGAGUUGUUGAUGAAAGAAAACCAAAGUAAAUUCAGCCAUCAAAAAGAAGCAAGCAUUUCUACACAGAACAAAAAGAUACCUUCAGUAAAAAACACAGCUCCAGGCCCUUCGGGUGUUAAUUUUCCUGGGAAACCCUCUACAUCCACUGCAAAACAAGUUGCUAAAGUGGAUUGCCCUGUUUGUGGGAUUAAUAUUUCAGAAAAUUACAUUAAUAAGCACUUAGACUGCUGUUUAACACAUGAAGAAAAGAAAGAAAGCCUCAGAAGUUCUGCUUACAAAAGGAAACCAAUGCCCAAAAUGGUUUAUAACUUGCUCUCUGACCGUGAUUUGAGAAAAAGGCUAAAACAGCAUGGAUUAUCUACUCAAGGAAAUAAACAACAGCUCAUUAAAAGGCACCAAGAAUUUGUACACAUGUACAAUGCCCAGUGUGAUUCUCUGCAUCCUAAAUCAGCUGCUGAAAUAGUUAAAGAAAUUGAAAAUUUAGAGAAGACUAGACUACGCCUUGAAGCCAACCAACUCAAUGAAACUAUCAUGGUUUUUACAAAGGACCAAACAGAAAAGGAAAUAGAUGAAAUCCACAGUACAUAUCGUAAAAAACAUCAGAAUGAAUUUCAGCUUCUGGUGGAUCAGGCUAAAAAAGGAUACAAGAAAAUGGUUGGAAUGUCAGAAAAAAAAGUAGCGAAAAAAGAAGAUGAAUCUACAGAAAAGCAGUUAUCUGUAUGCAUGGGACAGAAAGGUAAUGAAAUGAAGCUCUUAGACAUGACCUCGGUAACAAACCAUGUCCCUCAGUCAGAACCAGAUUGCCCAAGGAAUUUGGAGCCUUAUAGAGCAGAUGAUUCUUCUAGUUGUACAGACAUCCAAGAAGAUGCUUCUUCUCUGGUAGAAUCAGAUUCAUGCAAUAGUUCUAGUUCAGACAUCAUAAGAGAUCUCCUAGAAGAAGAAGAAGCCUGGGAAGCAUCACAUAAAAGUGAUCUUCAGGACAUAGAAAUAAGUCCACAGAUUUGCCGCAAAAGAGCAGCUGAAAGUACCGAGAUUGAACCAAGAAAUAAGCAUAACAGGAAUUAG